UUCGGUUUCAGCUACAACACAAUAAAGACCUUCAUACAGGGCGGUAAUACAACCCAGCCAUUGGGACCGACAUUGCACAUGUUGGCCGCGGCUGAGUCUGGUGUGCUCACUCUCAUACUUACAAACCCCAUUUGGGUGGUAAAGACGCGUUUGUGUUUACAAUAUGGCGCCGAGGCUUCAGGCAAUAAGGCGUCGGAAUAUCGCGGUAUGGUGCAUGCGCUGGCGCAGAUCUACCGUAAGGAGGGCAUUCGUGGUUUGUAUAGGGGCUUCAUUCCCGGCAUGUUUGGCGUGUCACAUGGAGCUUUGCAGUUUAUGACCUAUGAAGAGAUGAAGAACUACUAUAAUACAUAUCGUAAAUUGCCGAUCGACACCAAAUUGGCCACAACUGAGUAUUUGGCAUUUGCUGCCAUAUCGAAGCUCAUCGCUGCUGCAGCAACAUAUCCCUAUCAGGUGAUACGUGCACGCCUGCAGGAUCAUCAUCUCAACUAUACAGGUUCAUGGGAUUGCAUUAAGCAAACAUGGAGAUAUGAGGGCCCGAAAGGCUUUUACAAAGGUAUACAGCCCAAUUUGACGCGCGUGGUGCCAGCAACGAUGAUCACAUUCCUUAUGUACGAAAAUGUUUCGCAUUAUUUAAUGGAAAGAUCCAAGAAAGCCAACGCAUGAGAGCACUACUGCGACGAAGAAGAAAUAGAACAACAGCAGCCAAAAAAACACCGAACUCCUAUCAUUCAAAUAGCUUUGACUUUAAUAAUAAGAUCUUAAUUAUGCUACUGUCUAGAAUUAGUUGAUUAGCAUAAUUACUAUGUGUUUCUAGUAUUACGUGCCACUUUAUUUAUAAGUAUUUAUAUGUACGUAUGCGAUCAUUACGGUGCAGUAGAGUUAACCCCCCCGGAGCGCUGUACCGAAGCCAAGGCAGAAACCUUAUUUUCCUUCUUUGCCUUUGUAAGAUUAUCUAUUUAACAGCCUAAACAUUUUUUUUGAUUGCGUUUUCUUUGUUCUGUGUGAAUUGCACCGAAUUAAUUUUUUUUUUUUAUUGAGGAUCAUCGCCCUUUCAUUCGCGAUACGUAAGUCUUUUAUAAAUCAGGUACAAUUACAAACCUACAUAUGUACAUAGGUGUUAAGCGUUAUUGGCGAAAUAAAGUUUCAGCUGUGAAUUGUGAUACCAUAAAAUUAUUGUGUUCUGCUUUUUUCUCGCCUUCUCUAAUCUUACAGCUCUGUGGCGCUCAACCGGCGUGCGUGACUCAUAAUAAUGGUCUUUAAAAUGCAGGUAUUUGUAUGUUUACGUGCACUCAUUUCGCCUAAAAGUAUGUUCGAUUAAUAUUUUACACUUUGGAUUUACGCCUAAAUGUAAGCAAGCGAACAAUUUUCUGAGUGAUUUCGGAGUAAAUUCGUGCUAUUUUCAAAUUAGUACAUACAUACAUAUACAUGGCUGCGUUCAGAAAUGCAUCAAGCCAAAGCAUCAUCAGUCUCUUUUACUUCUAAACUACAACUGAUCGAAAUGCCUUAUUUACGCAAUUACGUUCCAAUUAGGCAUUUAACCGUGGUUACGCAUAUUGGACAUUUGCAUCAAUUAUAGUUUAGAAAUAAAAGCGUCUGAUGCUUUGGGUUGAUGCAUUUCUGAACACUCCCCAUAUGUAGUAAAUAUCUACACAUACUCGCAUCUAGUAAUAAAUAUUAAUUAAGGAAGAGGAAACUGAAAUAAAUAUUAACCAUAAGCAAACAUACUCUUCAAUUAAAUCGAAGAAAAGUACUAAAAAGUAAACUCCUAAAGAACUGUGAUUGAUUUCUAAAUUAUGGGUGUGUUCAGAAAUGCAUCAAGCCAAAGCAUCAGGCGCAUUUAUAUCUAAACUAUUACUGCUGGAAAUGUCCAAAAUGCGCAACCACGAUUAAAUGCCUAAUUGGAACUUGGUUGCGUAAAUAAGGCAACUAUAGUUUAGAAGUAAAAGAGACUGAUGCUUUGGCUUGAUACAUUUCUGAACGCAC